AAGUAGCAUUAGCCAAGGCUGCUAACGUUAGCAAGCAGGCUAACUAACUGUUGGUCUAGCUAACGUUACCCUGCUAUGCAAUGAGCAUCAGCCCACAGACACUGUCAGUACCAAUGGAUUAAUAACGUAAUCGACCAGUCAAUACAGUGCGUUUCAACAUUUUGUUCGUAAUCACAACGUGUAAAAUUCAGUUUCGUAAACAUCUUGAUCUUUGACAGACACAACUUGCCGUCGUUGUCAUGGAGGAGACGAACAGGGAGGCGGUUGCUACGGCCGUGCAGAGAGUGGCAGGGAUGCUGCAGCGCUCGGACCAGUUGGACAAAGUGGAGCAGUACCGCCGGCGAGAGGCCCGCAAGAAAGCUUCAGUAGAAGCCCGACUGAAGGUAGAAAAUGAUGACUCUAAGAAGACAUGAGAUACAUUCCUGUACUACCCUAUUAUUCAUAAAGCCCUAACUAUUGUCUGAAUGAAAGGUGUAUAUUUAUUGUAAAUACAUGGCUCUGGCCUGAAGCACCUUACAUGGUCUCUGUCACUCUCCCCAGGCUGCCAUCCAGUCCCAGUUGGACGGGGUCCGCACAGGGCUCAGUCAGCUCCACAAUGCCCUUGGGGAUGUAAAGGACAUCCAGAACUCCCUAGCAGACGUUAGUAAGGACUGGAGGCAGAGUAUCAACACUAUUGAGAACCUGAAAGAUGUAAAAGACGCCGUGGUCCAACACAGUCAGCUUGCCUCAGCCGUGGAGAAUUUAAAGAAUAUCUUCUCAGGUACGCUACAGAACUACAUACCUCAGAGAUACCACUUAAUUGGAAACUGUUAUUGUUGUCUCGCUGUGCAUUUGUGUAAUUACUGUCUGUAUUGUUACAAUAUAUCAUUAAUGUAUAUCAUCCCCUUCCUGUGCAGUGCCUGAGAUAGUGUCAGACACCCAGGUGCUGAUUGAGCAGGCCGAGCUGCUAGAGGCCCACCGUAAACUCAUGGAUCUGGAGUGUUCGCGGGACGACCUCAUGUACGAGCAGUACCGAAUGGACAGCAAAAACACUCACGACAUGAACCUGAUCCGCAACUACUUUGGCGAGGUGCAGGGCCUGUCUGACGAUCUGGCCAAGCAGCUGUGGAUGGUGCUACAGCGUGCCAUGGGCACGGUGCGCCGUGACCCCACCAUGCUGGUCUCAGUGGUGCGCAUCAUUGAGCGUGAGGAGAAGAUCGACCGGCGCAUGCUGGACCGCAAGAAGCAGACAGGCUUUAUCCCCCCUGGUCGGCCCAAGAGCUGGAAAGAGAAGAUGUUUGAGGUGCUGGAAGGCACAGUCACAACGCGUAUCGAGGGCAGCCAGUCGGUGACUCGCGAGGCAGACAAGAUGUGGAUGGUGAGGCUGCUGGAGAUCACUAGGAGGUACGUGCUGGAUGACCUGAUUGUGGUGAAGAACCUGAUGGUGCAGUGCUUCCCGCCACACUACAACACCUUCGACAGGUUCUUUAAGCGCUAUCACAACGCCGUGUCCAUGCGGGUGCAGGAGCUGGCUGCAGAAGACCUAGAGGCCAACGAGAUUGUGUCCCUCCUCACCUGGGUCCUCAACACAUACAAAAGGUAUCCUGUCUUGGCCCGUGUUCACUGAGUUUCAAAGUAGGAGUGCUGAUACAUGAUCAGUUUAGCCUUUUAGAUAAUGGUGAAUAAGAUUAUAUGGAUAGGGGGAGCCUGAUCCUAGAUCAGCACGCAUUUUGAAUACAGGUGAGGCUCUGAUCUUCCCUCUCUGUGACUGCUGUCACAUCAGUGAUAACUGGGCACCAGUCCAGUCAUAGCUCAGUGGAAUAUGCAGGAGUUGUAGUACAUUAGCUCUGCGCUGCUGCUACCCGUUUAGGCGGCUGAAUAUCUUUAUGGACAUUGUUGUCAUAGUUAUACCAUUCAUUCCAUUUUAGGAAUAUCUUGUUUGAAUUUACAAUGUGAAGAGUUGAACGCUAAGGAGAGGGAGAGGAGGUAUUCCCAUUGUAAAAAUGUUGGCCUGCACCAUUUUAACCUCUCGUGUGUGUGUGGAGUGUUAACUUGUCUCGUGUGUGUGGAGUGUUAACUUAUUGCGUGUGUGUGUGGAGAGGUAACUUAUCUUGUGUGUGGAGAGGUAACUUAUCUUGUGUGUGUGUGGGGAGAGGUAACUUAUCUUGUGUGUGCGUGGAGAGGUAACUUAUCUUGUGUGUGCGUGGAGAGGUAACUUAUCUUGUGUGUGCGUGGAGAGGUAACUUAUCUCGUGUGGGUGUGUGUGGAGAGGUAACUUAUCUUGUGUGUGUGGCACGAGAGAGAGGGCAUGGCAUGCGAAACUGGUGUGGAUAAUCCAAUGAAUACACAUACUACUGCACAUCGCGUGCAACAACAGGUUUGAACAGAGAAAGAUUAAUGAACAGCUAGCUCCCUUAUGCACAUUGAAAACACAAAGAACUAGCCUUAUAUCCAAUUCUGACACGAGCAUCAGCCUGUUGUGCAUUAGGCUACCAUGGAAACCACAACCACCGAUUGGCUGGGGCUGUUUAAUUAUAGAUAUUCACUCAGCUUUUCUGUGAGUGUGUGUGUGUUUCUGAGUACGUGUGUUUACGUGUGACUGCUUGUGAGUAGCCUAUGUUUAUGGGUAUCUGUGUGUAUCAUUUAUAUUCAGGCAUUGCUGUAGUUCAGGGAUUGUCAACUAGAUUCAGCCGCGGGCCGAUUUCUUUUUUUCUGGAGGGGAUGGUGGGGGGGUACAUAAUUGCAAUUUGACCGCAAGAAGCCCAAACAGAUAUAAUGUUUGAUUAAAACAUAGUCAUCUAUUAUGCGUGUGAAUACUUGGGAACAGAUGUUUUAAAUUAAAAUCUAUUGGAGCUGAUUUCCUGGUGUUUUUACAGUAUUUUAUGUCCAACAAUGAAAUUCCACACUCAGAAAACUUGGGGUGACAAAUAAAACCACCCCCGCGGGCCGCCAGUUGGGGAACCCUGCUGUAUGUGCACGAGCAUGCCAUGGUGUGUAGGUCUGUCUGUAGCUGUCUGUCGGUCUGUUACGUUAAAAGACAUGCAAUAUUAAUGUCCACGAACAGUAUAGUACAGUCAGGGUUCUCUUGCCAUAUUCCCACACACCACUGUGUUCCAGUGAGGAGAUGAUGGGUCACCCAGAGCUGCUGACAGAGUAUGACAUCAACCUGAUGGAUCCUCUGCUGCCGCAGGAGGUGGUGGAUGAGCUGCUCAGCAAAUACCUCCAGACCUUCACUGUGAGUCCAGACAACACACACACUAAGAUAGCAGCGACAUACUCUACGACAGCUCCUGUCAGAUAUACAACCCACUGUCUGCGUCUGUAAAUCUGGAUUUGCAAUUCGAAAGUCUUUACAAGGGAAUCCGCCUUUUAAUGAAAUGUUUCAUGAAUUGUUAAAGACAAAGGUAACAGGGCUCUGGCUGACCCUCUCUAACCCUUCAACAGUCCAACAUCACUGGCUGGCUGCGCAAGGCUCUGGAGACAGACAAGAAGGACUGGUUUAAAGAGACAGAACCAGAGGCGGAUCAAGACGGGUACUACCAGACCACCCUCCCCGCCAUCGUCUUCCAGGUAUAACCAGUAUCCACCUCUCUUUAUCCACCUCUCUUUAUCCACCUCUCUUUAACCCACAACUUUACAAAGUGGACUAGUUGCUACCACAGUAAGGUUACUAUACUAGACAAUGUUAUAGCCUUAUUCUAAAAUUGAUUAAAUAAAAACAAUAUCUCAGCAAUCUACACACAAUACCCCAUAAUGACAAAUAUUUUUGCAAAUGUAUUAAAAAUAAAAAGCAUAAAUAACUUAUUUACAUAAGUAUUCAGACCCUUUACUAUGAGAUUCGAAAUUGAGAAGGGCCUUUGGUCAGGGAGGUGACCAAGAACCCGAUGGUCACUGACAGAGCUCCAGAGUUCAUCUGUGGAGAUGGGAGAACCUUCCAGAAGGACAACCAUCUCUGCAGCACUCCACCAAUCAGGCCUUUAUGGUAGAGUGGCCAGACAGAAGCCACUCCUCAGUAAAAGGCACAUGACAGCCCGCUUGGAGUUUGCCAAAAGGCAACUAAAGACUCUCAGACCAUGAGAAACAAGAUUAUCUGGUCUGAUGAAACCAAGAUUGAACUCUUUGGCCUGAAUGCCAAGCUUCACGUCUGGAGGAAACCUGGCACCAUCCCUACUGUGAAGCAUGGUGGUGGCAGCAUCAUGCUGUGGGGAUGUUUUUCAGUGGCAGGGACUGGGAGACUAGUCAGGAUUGAGGCAAAGAUAAACUGAGCAAAGUACAGAGAGAUCCUUGAUGAAAACCUGCUCCAGAGUGCUCAGGUCCUCAGACUGGGGGCGAAGGUUCACCUUCCAACAGGACAACGACCCUAAGCACACAGCCAAGACAAUGCAGGAGUGGCUUCGGAACAAGUCUCUGAAUGUCCUUGGGUAGCCCAGCCAGAGUCCGGAUUUGAACCCGAUCGAACAUCUCUGUAGAGACCUGAAAAUAGCUGUGCAGCAAUUCUCCACAUCCAACCUGACAGAGCUUGAGAGGAUCUGCAGAGAAGAAUGGGAGAAACUCCCCAAAUACAGGUGUGCCAAGCUUAUAGUGUAAUACCCAAGAAGAAUCAAUGCUGUAAUCACUGCCAAAGGUGCUUCAACCAAGUACUGAGUAAAGGGUCUGAAUACUUUUAUAUAAAUGUAAUAUUUCAGGGUUUAAAAAAAUAUAAAUUAGCCAACAUGUCUAAAAACCUGUUUUUGCUUUGUCAUCAUGGGGUAUUGUGUGUAGAUUGAGGGGGAAAAAACGAUAUAAUCAAUUUUAGAAUAAGGUUGUAACGUAACAAUGUGGAAAAAAGUCAAGGGAUCUGAAUACUUUCCGAAGGCACUGUAUAUGACAAUUGGGAUCUUAGAAUUGCCUGAAUAAAUACUACAGCGAGUCACUAGUGUGUACUUUAAAGGGGUCAUCAUCUGACAUAUGUUUGUUCUUCUCUCCUCAUCAGAUGUUUGAGCAGAAUCUCCAAGUGGCAGCCCAGAUCAAUGAGACAUUCAAAGAGCAGGUCCUGAAGCUCUGUUUAAAACAGAUGAAUUCGUUUCUCGUCAGGUAACAUGGGUUUCAUAAUGUUGUGUUAGUAAUUGUGUAGUGUUUAGUUGUUUACAUUGAUGGCAGUAAAGGUGUGUUACACUAUACCAGGGAUGGAAUGCUUUGUAUUUGACAUCUACAAUUGUCUUGCAUUUCUGUUCAGGUACAGGGAAGAGGCAAUUGCCUACAAGGAGGACCACUUGAGAGACCGGCAGCUCCCUCAGUGCUACGUCCAAUACAUGAUCGCCAUUAUAAACAACUGUCAUACAUUCAAGUGAGUCCCAUUGACAUCUCCCUGUAAGUAUGUCAUUCUCUAACCUAAUGUGUACCUAAUCAUACCUCUGCCCCUAGGGAGUCUAUUAACAGUCUAAAGAAGAAAUACUUUAAAUCUACGGAGCCCACCCAGAAUGACGCUGCCAUAGAGAAGACCCUGAACGACGUGGCCAAAGAUGGCUGCCAGUUUCUAUUGGAUGAAGUCUUUCUAGAUUUGGAGGUUAGAACAGUGUUUGUGGACACAUUUUUACCUCCUUAGUUAAUCUGUCUAAUAUUUAUAGACUUUCAGAAUGUUUGCCAUGAACCCGGUUAUGUUGUAUCUGGGUGAUGAUUUUGUGAUAACAUUUCAUGGUUUUGAUUUCUACAGCAUCAUCUCAAUGAGUUGCUGACCAGGAAGUGGUUGACUGGGACCCAUGCAGUGGACACUAUCUGUGUGACAGUCGAGGAUUACUUCAACGAUUUCGCAAAGAUCAAGAAGCCUUUCAAUACGGUACAUGGCAAAAUCAAUCAAUUGAUAUCAUAUGAAAUUAAAGGCUUGGCCAAUUGAUUGAUAUGGAGAAAUCCACACAGAGAGCAGUUUUGCAUGAACAUCCUGUGUAUGUGACUGAGUAUGUUGUGUGAUCUGUUUAGGAGAUGACCAGCGAGGCCCAUCGCAGGGUGGUGGUGGAGUAUAUCAAGGCUGUGAUGCAGAAACGGAUCACCUUCAAGAACGCAGAUGAGAGGAGGGAGGGAGCAGACCGGAUGAUUAAGGAGGCUGUGCAGUUCAAGUUCCUCUUCAGGAAACUCACUGCUGUGAGUGGUUUUACAUCUACCUGCUACCGGAAUACUUUUUCCCUAGAAAGAUCCGGAUUAGAAACCACUGGCAUCUUGAUAUCUUCUUAGUCAAUUAGAGCAGUGUUUCCCAACCCUGGUCCUCCAGUAUCCCCCAACAGUACACAUUUGUAUUCUAACCCUGGACAAGCACACCUGAUUCAACUUGUCAUCUAAUCAUCAAGCCCUCAAUAAGUUGAAUAAGGUGUGUUUGUCCAGGGCUACAACGAAACUGUGUACUGUUGGGGGUACUGGAGGACCAGGGUUGGGAAACACUGAAUUAGAGUCCUAACUUCCCUGACUCUUGAUGCUUACUCUACGUUUCAUUCGUUCAUUCAGUCAUUUGAUGUAAUGAAGACUACUUUUCUCUGAUAAUUUCAUCCAGUGUUAAAGUAAUUAGUGUAUAGUGUGUGUUUUGUACUGCUUGAAGUUAUUUCUCAUGUCCCCUUCCAGGGUGAGGAGACUGACCGGCUGUGUGAUGCCAUCGCUGCCAUAGCCGAGGUGUUCAAACUCACAGACCCCACCCUGCUCUACCUGGAGGUCUCCACGCUGGUGUCCAAAUACCCUGACAUCAGGUCAGAUCAUACCCCACUUAACACACAGGCUACACAGAGAAUGUUAGUGGGGUAUCAUGGUUUUCGAUAGAACAACUUUGGCUGUAGGAGAAGUUACUCCAGAUGUAUACAAUGUUUCGUUACUACUAUAGAUUUUCUGUGAUAGCCAUUGCUUUUGACACAGUGUCACAGUUAUCCAUGUAGGCCUACAUGAUUGUCCUGAAACUUCAGGGAAAAGGUGUCUGAUUGUGUCUGUCCUCUGUUGGCCCAUAGAGAGGAGCACAUCGUGGCCUUGCUGGCGAUGAGAGGGGAUGCCAGCCGAGACAUGAGGCAGAUGAUCAUUGAGACGCUGAACCAGAACAAGCCUUCCUACGCUGGGAUCACACAGCCCAUCUUCAAGGACAUUACCGUCCCCACGGUGACCAUGACCUCCAUGUCCUCAUCUAUGGCCGCCACUGCCAAUAAACUGCUGAAAUAACCAGUCUGGAGAAAGAUGGAGACACACACCUGGGUUGUAUUCAUUAAUGCACAACAGCAAAACGUUUUGCAACAGAAAAUGAAAAGCGUUCCUUGUUGGACAAGUUUGGAUAGUCCCUCCCUGUUUCAGUCGUUUUUUAUUGUUUGGUGCCUAGAGAAUACGACCUUGGCUCACAUGGGCACAAAAAAAACAGACUGCAGCAAAUCACUGAAUCAUGAUUUUUCACUUUUUGCACUUGUGAAUCCGAUUCCACUAACAUCCAAUGAAAGGCUUGGACUGUAGUCCUUGAGGAUCUGUAAGCCUUUGAUACUUGAUGAAAGAACCGUCGAACACUAACAAGCGGUUUUGUUACUGAAAUGGGAACUUACUCUCACCACCACCCACCCCUCCAUGUACAAGAACAGAAAUUGUUCCAGUAAGAAACGUUGUCAGUGUGUGAUGCCGAAUGUCUGUUAGAUGGAACAUCUAUUAAAGAAAUCCUUUCCCCUGUCA